AAAUGAAAAACUUUCAGAAGGGUUAUUUAGAGCUUAAUUAAAUAUGGCUUAGUAGACAGUAUUAAUUUAAUUCAAUUUAGAGAGUAUGAAGCGCAUUAAAAAAGAAUGGUAUAAUAAAGAAAGCUUACACCUCCUAGAGAUUCAAGGAUAUAUGAAUAAGUUAAGAAGACUUAAUUUUUAAAUAAUAGAAAAAGAGAGCUUAUGAAAUGGUAAACUAUUUAGGAAUAGAAUACUUAAAUUUUAGCAAGGUUAGUUAAAAUUAGUAAUCGGUCUCCAACAGUAUUUAAUAAUAUUAUUAUUUUAUAUAGCCUCCCAGUUAAUGUGGAACUCCAAGAGGGAGAAGAGCUUUGAAAGAGUAAAAGCUUAGAAUUGAAAGUGAAAAUAAAAGAUUACAUAAUAAAUUGAUUGGAAUGUAUUAUAUUUUAUAUAAAUGCAAAGUUAAUCAGAUCUGAAAUAAGAGAAAUUUUAGGAAUCAUUUAUGAAACAUAAAAAUAUUUAAAAACAUAUGCAAAGAUUUUAUUUUGAUCCAAAUUUACAUAAGAUAAAAUUAAGAGUUGAUGCAUUUUUAGAUAAUGUGAAUUCGUAACGAGUAAAUGAUAGAUCUAAAAGUCAAUAUUAAAAUUCAAAAUCUUUUAGAUUUGAUUAUUCUCCUUUUAAAUAAUAAAAAACUGUAAUUUAAAUUAUUUUAAAUUAGGGAGUAGUCUUAUAAAAGCUUUCAUAUUCAAGAGAUUAUUCCUUAAGAAGAUAGUGA